GUUACGUCACCCAUCGCUGGACUGUGAGCGCUAGUUCAGGUCAUGGAGCCGCUUCGAGCCCGGAAGAUCUCCUGCACCCGUUUCUAAAGUGUUUCUUCCCCUCAUAUAGACACCCAAUGUUGAGUAUCGGAGACGCCAACUCCGCCGAUUCGUCCCGCUGCUAGCAGACCAGGUGCGGCAUGUUCCAGAAGACCUCCUUCACCACCCUGAUCGUCGGCGUGUUCGUCGUCUACGUGCUCCACACCUGCUGGGUCAUGUACGGCAUCGUGUACACCAAGCCGUGCGAUCAACCCAGGGCCGAAGGCUGCAUCGGCUCUUACCUCGCAGACAAGCCUCGGCUUCAGCUGAGCAUCUACACGACGCUGAAGCCGAAUGGAAAUGGCGGACAAAAUCUCAUUCUUAAGGUCGACGACUUUGAUAUCAAUUCCAAGUUUGAGAGGAAAAUUAACGUAUCCCUACCAAAGAAAACGCGAAACAACGGGACUCUGUACACGCUGGUGUUCGUGCACCAGGCAGGCGUGUCACCCUGGCAGGACAGUCGGCAGGUGCACCAUGUCACCCAACUCACCACCUACAUGCUUCCCAAACCCCCAGAGGUCAGCCUUAUCUCUGGGCAGGAGGACCAGCAGCCACCAGAGCAGCAGAAACGGGUCAGUGAUGGUCCCACGAACAAGCCCGUGUCGCACUGGCGCUCUCGCCUGACCCUGAACAUCGUGUCUGAGGACUUCAUAUUUGACAGGGAGGCCAUUCCCAGCGAUGUGCACCGCUACUUGAGAGUGAUCCAGAACGGAAAGAAGAUGGUCUAUCUUCCACUUUUAUUUGUAGAUGAGCUUAGUAAUAGAGUGAAGGACCUAAUGGAAAUCAACAGUAGCACCAUUGAACUCCCGCUCACCAUAUCGUAUGACACCAUUUCCCUGGGGAAACUGCGCUUCUGGAUCCACAUGCAGGAUGCAGUGUACUCCCUGCAGCAGUUUGGGUUCACUGAAAAAGAUGCAGAUGAAAUCAAGGGGAUUUUUGUGGACACAAACCUGUACUUCUUAGCUUUAACCUUCUUUGUGGCUGCGUUCCAUCUCCUUUUCGACUUCCUGGCUUUCAAAAAUGACAUCAGCUUUUGGAAGAAGAAGAAGAGCAUGGUGGGCAUGUCCAGCAAAGCAGUUCUCUGGCGAUGCUUCAGCACCAUUGUGAUAUUUCUGUACUUGCUGGAUGAACAGACAAGCCUCCUCGUUCUCAUCCCUGCUGGUAUAGGUUCCAUCAUUGAGGUUUGGAAGGUGAAGAAGGCCUUCAAGAUACAGGUUUUUUGGAACGGCAUAAAGCCCUGCUUCCUGUUUGGGAAGCUGGAUGAGUCUGAGAAGCGAACAGAAGAGUAUGAUGCUCAGGCGAUGAAGUACCUCUCGUAUCUUUUGUACCCUUUGUGUAUCGGGGGAGCCGCUUAUGCCUUGGUAUAUGUCAAGUACAAAAGUUGGUAUUCCUGGUUGAUCAACAGUCUUGUCAAUGGGGUUUAUGCCUUUGGGUUUCUCUUCAUGCUUCCCCAACUUUUCGUCAAUUACAAGCUGAAAUCGGUGGCACAUUUACCUUGGAAGGCGUUCAUGUAUAAGGCGUUCAACACCUUCAUCGACGAUGUCUUCGCCUUCAUCAUCACCAUGCCCACAUCCCACCGGCUAGCCUGCUUCCGGGAUGAUGUAGUGUUCCUCAUCUAUCUGUAUCAGCGAUGGCUGUACCCUGUAGAUAAGAGCAGAGUCAACGAAUACGGGGUGUCGUACGACGAGAAGCCACCAGCGAAGGAGCACGAGGACUAAAGUCCCAGGCGGCGGAUGGGACCGGACCGGACCAAUGAAAUCGCACGAAAUAUUUGGCGCCCUGUAGCCUACAGGGAGGCAGCAUCAGACGCCGGCAGGACAAUGUGAGCUGACUCACCACUGCUGACGCAUCCAAUGAGAUUUCUGCCCCGCCUCCCCCCCCCCUCCUGACACACACACACACACACUUUCCCCUCCAUCAGCGUUUGCAUGGGGGCGCUAGCGCUCCCGUCAGCUCAGUAUCGCUUUGCUCAGGACUGACUGCUUGCAGCAAGCUUGGCCGUGGCCUGCAGAAGCAUGAGUCCAUUUCUGGCUGCAUUUGCUUGUCUCCCCCAGCGUGAGGCGCUCAUUAGUGAACACACUUCCUUCUCGAGUUCUCGAAUGAGCUUAAUUUCCCUCACCUGCUCUGUGGGAAUGGUUCCAUGUUCUUGUGUUGUUUUUUUUUUUUUUAAUUACAAUUAUUUCUUUGCUUUGACCAUUUUAAAAAGGAAUUGUGUGCCAAACCCAUUCUGGGAUAUGUGAUAACCAUUGUUUCAUGGUUGUUUUGAAAACAACAUGUUAUUGAAGGUGAGUUAUCCAGAACCUACCACUGACCAUUUCCAGUCAUUCCUUUGCUGGUAGCUAAUGUUUUGGUGUCGCUGAAAAAGCCAGGAACAUGGCGACAUGACGACAACGAUGAUGAUUACAAAAACAAAGAUGGCAUUACUGAAGUUUUUCCAAGGACCAGUCUACUGAAAAUUCCCCUUGUCUGUAAUUAAUUCAUGUGUGUUUAAAUUUAGCUUUUUACAUACUGUAAUUUUCCUGGAAAAUAAAACAUUGUGUUGUAUACAAA